AUGAACGCACAUUGCAAGGAAACUAAUAUUGGUCUCCUUCCUUGGUCGCCACUCGCCGCUGGUGUGCUCGCCGACUCCUGGGAAGAUCGCACCGAUGAACGUGAAAAAACUGAUAUUAUCUUGAAGUUACUCUUCCGUCGCAGGCAUCAUGAGUCCGAUCAAGAAAUUGUACGAAGGGCAGAAGAAUUGGCUGGUAAGAGGGGUGUUAGAAUGGCCAUCAUUGCGAUUGCUUGGAUUAUGUCAAAGGAAUGA